GGAUUUGGCUGGUGAGUUCGCCAAUAGACAGGCAGUCGGGCACCACGAGAUUUGCAAGAUUGCGAUAUCCGUCGAGCACUAUCGUGCGACGCGAGCAACGUCUAACUGAGAGCGAAUCACUUCGAGACCUGACUCACAAAAGUGUCGGUAUCCACCUGUUGGCUGGGAGCGUAGCAUAGCAGCUGCACAGGUACAUAACCCGCAGCCACGAUGGAAGGGAACAACGAAGACACUUGGCUGGAUAAUCUGAUCAGUGAUGGUCUUCGCCAACAAGAGUUGCAGCUGCAGCAGCCGCAUGACUCGCCUGUGACGGCAUUUGUCAAUCCUGCUAUGGGAGAUCAAGCAUUUCCAGACACAUUUGACAUGCGCAGCAAUAGCACGAAGACCACCUUCCCCAAUUCAUCGGUCUCAUCUCAAACAUGGCAAGCGCCUACCACCAACCCAAGCUCGUCUGAGCUACCUACUUCAUUUGCGUUUGACUUCUCCAUGCUGAUGACAGCUCCUCAGCCACCUGUCAUGACAACGCCGCCUACCAAUAGUGCUACGACCCAGUUCUCGGACGCCAAGAAGGACUACGAUGCGCUCAUGUCUUUCCUCUUCGACCCAACCGAUGCUCAGGAUAUGAUGGACCUCAUGCUUGCCUCUCAAGCUCUGGACGAUUUCAGUCCCGAGUCAAACGAGUCCAUACCGAUCACUUCUUACAGCGGCCAGCAACCGGUACUGAAAUACAACGGCGAUUUUCAGUCGCAGCCCCAGCUGCAGCAGUCUUGGGCCCCGCUCAGUGCGCCUGCCCCGCAGACGACGCCAUUGUGGGAUGCACAGAGCCAGCAAGCUCACAUGUUUCCGACGCAGAAGCCGCUAGCCCCCGCUAUGCCGGACAACUCGAGCGUGACGGGCGCCACCGUCCUUUUUGGCCACAGUGCAUAUAUGAGUUUCGAUGUGAACGGCAAGGGUACUGUCACCAGCGGCGCAGCAGGCGAGCAAGCCUCUCGCGCGGGUGGAUCCUCGCCAAAACGAAAAGCCCAAGCGCUGGAGCAAGAGUCUUCCCUGGCGGGCUCUCGGACUGUUCCGGACCAGGUCUACGAGGAGCGCCUAGCGGAGCGACGAGGUAUCACUGGCCGCAUUGCCGGAAAAUCGGUCGUAGAAGUCAGCAUCAAAUGCGGAGAGCCGACUUGCAACAAUAUCGACAAGAUUGUCAUCUUGGCAAAUGCACUCUUCCACCACAGCGACUCGCCGAAACAAGUCUCUGAGGACUACCGCAUCACUGCCAAGUGUCGGCCGUGCCAGCUGAUGGAUAAGCCUUCCCCUGGCGCGUCAUUUUCACCGUCGAGGGAGGCCGGCAUUACAAAACCUGGCUGGGGCAGGCGGGUUUUUCAGAAGUGCGAUGUGUGUGAGCAAGCCCUUGGUGAGGUCAUCAUUGAGGCGGUCGUGUCCAGUCCCGAGGGCUCAACAGACUCGAGCAGCAGCGCCCCUUCCGGUGCAAGCAGUGGCGGGCUCGACGAGAAGCAGCGUAUACCUGUGGAGGCCAUCUGCGCUGCCUGCGAUGUCGCGUUUGCCUGGUGCACCCAGUGUGGUGGGGGCGGAGCGUACCGCACGGGUAAAUGGCGACCAAAGCAGCUUUUCCCACCAGGCAGGAAGACAUGUCGGCUCCGCACAAUUCGACUGUCCGGCACGCCAUCGGUGGAGAUCUUCGACAUUGGCGUGCCGAACGAGCCGGUACCUCGGGAUGUCAUCGACGGGUGUCAGGAAGUGUUCGAAACCAAAUUCUUGUUCAGAUACGCCAAACCGCAAUAUUUGAGACACAACAUCACGUUUGAAAAGCUGGUGCAGCUGAUGGGGGACUACUGGAGCUGGAUCGAGCAGCGGCUGAUGGCUACAGCAGAUACGCUGCCCGAUGACAUGCGGCGCGUCAUGGGCAUCAUGCGAGGACCUUUCACGGUCGCAGGCAAAGGCAAGGUCGCGACGAGCGGCGUACUUAGCUAUCAAGUGAUGGAAUGGAAGCCGCUUGACCGCACGAUCUGCCUUGUAGGCUCAGGAAUCGCGCUUACGGGUCUCAGUAGUGCGCGCUGGAUGCUGCUGCACGGUCGCUCGAUCACCUAUCGCAUCUUUCUUCUUUGCCACGAGCCUCCGGACCAACAUCCCGACGAUGCGUCAUACAUCGAACCUUCAGUGCCAGAGCCCCUUGUUCAGCACCCGACACGCUUGUACCGGCUAGAACUGAUUUCAAAUCCGGAGCGCAGACGAUACUUCCUCACCAACGGGUGGAGGGAGAGCGGCCGGACGAAGUUCGACGAAGCGAGCGCGUCAAGCGCCAAGGCGUGGUUGCGGUACGAUCAAGCCACUCGGCUCCAGCUGGAUAUGGGCUUAGCGUCGUCUUUCCCGCAGCAGGUCCCAGACGGCAGCCUGUACACUGGUGGCCGUAAUCAAAAUGACCUCGUCGAGUUAGAGUUUCCAUUCGAUUACGGCACGGGCGUGCCAGACGCAAUAGCGACGAUGGUACGUGUCAGCAAGGCAAAGACCAUCAUGCGGCCCCUGAGGGGCGAUGAACAAUCCAACCACCCCAACUAUCCUUGCGUCAAGAUUGGACCUCAAGAAGCUUGAUUCAGUUUCCCCAGUUUUAGCAUUGGUUUCUCCUGCUGUAUCAUUUCG